UCCAUGGGCGCACAGCGAAGAGUCCGUUGUUUACCGCGAUAAGACUCUGACGUGCCGACUUAAAAAGAAAUCGCGGCUGGUCGUUGCUCUUUCUCUUGCAGUUUAGAUCCUUCAUUUCCUUCUCCAAGCCCUCCAUCCAUAGCAGAGAGCCUGAGACUAGAGCGUUUAAGCGAUUCAUAGCCUAUUAGAGCCCUGAAAAUUUAGAAAUGGGGCUUACCUUCACCAAGCUCUUCAGCAGGCUUUUUGCCAAGAAAGAGAUGCGAAUUCUGAUGGUGGGUCUUGAUGCUGCUGGUAAGACCACCAUCUUGUACAAACUCAAGCUCGGAGAAAUCGUUACCACCAUCCCAACCAUCGGAUUUAAUGUUGAGACUGUUGAGUACAAGAAUAUCAGCUUCACUGUUUGGGAUGUUGGUGGUCAGGACAAAAUCCGUCCACUGUGGAGGCACUACUUCCAGAACACUCAAGGUCUUAUUUUUGUGGUUGACAGCAAUGACAGGGAUCGAAUUGUUGAGGCAAGAGAUGAGUUGCACAGGAUGUUGAAUGAGGAUGAACUGAGAGAUGCUGUUUUGCUUGUAUUUGCCAACAAACAAGAUCUUCCCAAUGCGAUGAAUGCUGCUGAAAUAACUGACAAGCUUGGUCUCCAUUCUCUUCGUCAACGCCACUGGUACAUCCAAAGCACAUGUGCAACCUCUGGAGAGGGCCUGUACGAGGGUUUGGAGUGGCUUUCAAACAACAUUGCUAGCAAGGCGUAAGACAAUGAAGGAUUUUCGUGUUUUGCCUGAAGGCACUGCGUUUCUGGGGAAGGGUAGUUUUCUUUAAUUAAGUGAAUGUUGUAAUGGCAGAAGGUUUGGCUAGACUUUUAUGUAAUGCGGGUUUGUAUAAUUUGCUAUUUAGCUAUACUUUAGCUGUAAACAGAGCUGGCUAAUGUUGUUACAAUUACAUUCGGCAUAGCCAUGGUCAAAUUUAUCUUGUUUGCCUCAUAUAUAUAUAUAUGUAUAUGCUUUAUUGAA